AUGACGGGGACAGAUAAAAAAAAGUCCAUUGAUGAUUGGAAAUUUAAGAAACCUGGAUGCUUUAAGAAUUUUAAUGUGGAAAAAUAUAUUGAUUAUAGACAUUCUGAAAGGUUGUGGAUGACUAGCAAAAUUUCCAACGAAUGGCUUCUUUCAUGGGAUCGUGAUCUUCAAAAAAAAAUUCUGGUUGUUGUGGAUCGAUGCCCUUCACAUGAAAUUUACUCGAAUUUAGUAUCAAUUGAACUGCUAUACCUUCCUGCAAAAACGACCACAAUUUUACAACCCAUGGAUCAGGGAAUCAUCCGCUCAUUUAAAGCAAACUUUAACAAAAUUAAAUUUGAUGCGAUGUUAGAGAAAAUUGUCAAUGAAACUGAUCCUGUCGAUUCACACAAGAAGCUGAAUUUAAAAGACGGUCUUUGUUUACGUAUUUUGGAUGGAAUUUGGAUGGAAAAAUGUUACUCUGAGAUCAUCCGUUCGGAGACCGGCGUGCAAUAG